GUAUUUUAGGCUUUCCUGUAUCCCAGCUAAUGUCUCUGAAAUGGUUCAGAAUUGAGCUGAGAAGAGGGAAGAGAAGACUUUUGUUUGCUUUAUUCCACAUGAGAACUCCAGGGUAACUAAAUAGCCUUUGCUUGGUUUGACAGACAAUACUGUGAGCCAGCAGACUCAUUCUCACAUACCAGAGGCAGGGGCUUUCAGGGGGUAUUCAGACCACUGUAAUGGAAGGCACCGAUGCAUCUACAGGCACUUUGCAGGCUCUCUUCGCUGCUUACAGACAAACUGGUGGAAUGGAUGCAAAAUUAUUUUUGAUAGAUCACCUUUUACAGUAAUUGAAUACUGAGGAUUCAUAAACACUCUGAAAAGGAAAACAAGUGGCUCUGAAAAAAUAGAGAUCUGAACAAAGGAUGAUACUUGAAAGAAUGGACUGUAAUGAACUCUUGACACAUUCGCAUGCAUGUAAAUUGUAAUUUGUGGAAUGAGUAACAGCCAUGCACCAUUUGUUUCAACUGGUCUUAGAACAGAAAGAUCUGUCCAGAGCAGGGGACUUGUUCUCUUUAGAUGAUUUUGAAAUUGAAGGUAGCCUGUCUGAAGCUCUGGAACAAAUCAGGAUUAUAUCAUCCUCCUCGGAUUACCAAACUAAUGACAAUGAUCAAGCAGUUGUAGAAAUUUGCAUCACUCGUAUUACAACAGCAAUUAGAGAAACAGGGACCAUAGAGAAACACGGCCAGGCUCUUGUGUCACUUUGGGAAUCAUGUUUGGAGCACAACCUUAAGCCACCAGCAAAAGAUGAGGAUACUCCACAUGCCAAGAUUGCGUCUGAUAUCAUGAGCUGUAUUCUACAAAAUUAUAACAAGCCUUCAAUCAUGUCCCUGGCAGUACCGCUUGCAGUGAGAUUUCUUCAGCAGGGAAAUAAGGAGUUGUGCAGAAACAUGUCGAGUUACAUUUCUCUGGUAGCCAUUGCUAAAGCAGAUCUGCUGGUGAAUCACACAGAGGCAAUUCUAAGGAGCAUCUUGCAAGGUAAUAGCAUGCUGCUCCGAGUGCUUCCAUCAGUCUAUGAGAUGAGGCCUCAACCUAUACAUCAUUGCUUGAGGGAACUGGUAUCACAGAUGUCCCAUUUAGAUGAAGGAGAAACGCAUCACAUGCUAAGGUUACUACAGGCUAUUGCAAAAAUGAAACAACCCAAGGUAUUAACAGAGACUGUCCCCUUCCUUAUGGAAUAUUUAUCUGAUCCCAGUUAUAAUGAUAUCAUCCUUAACAUACUCCUAGACAUAUCAUCAUAUGAACCUCUAACACUGACUGGAUCUCUUUCCACAUUAAAGGAAGUUGGUGAACAUUUCCCAGGACUUAUUGGACAGAUAGCAAAGAUUUAUGGAGCAGUGGGUCAUAUGAAUGAGACGAUGGCCAAGAUGUGUCUGACGUAUCUGGUGAAUCAGUUGAAUAACAUGGAACACUCAUUUCAUCAUUUACUCCUCAUGGAGAUUAGAAACCUCACAAACACAUUUAAUGAAGUCCUGGGCAUUCCAGGAAGAGACAUGUGCAGAAUGAGUAACAGCCUGACAGCGAUAGCCAAGAUUCUGAAUGGACACCUGACAGAUGAAGCAAUGCCAGCAUGCAGGAAAGAAGGCAUCAUUCAAGAAGAACCAGCACGUUAUGUCCAAGAUGCACACCAGGUAUUUUGUCAUAGUGGCCCUGGAGAGAAGAAAAUAGACAUUCAAACUGAUGGUAACCAGACUGGACAGAAUGACACUGCUCCUGAAACAGUCUGUCUACAUAAUGAUAUUAAAGAAUCCCAUGAAGAAAGUAAGGACAUGAUAUUUAACAGGUCAACAAAUUUGGCAUUGAAUUCAUCAAGCACAAAAUGUUUAAAUUUGGAUAGUGGUCAAGACCCUGAAAAUUCAGACAUUGUUGGUUUAAUGUCUUUUUCACAUAUGUUUCUACGUCAAGACAAUGAGAGAUUACCAUCUGGCUCCAACAUUGACGAAUCCCAAAUGGGAAUAGCUUCAGAAUUAGUUCAAUUUAAACACUGUAUUGAGACAAAAGGUGAACUGGAGCCAGAAUAUCUUGAAAGCCAAAAAAGGGUAAUUAAGGAACUUCAUAAGGAACAUGAUACACUUUUCCAACAUUUGAAGGAUAAUAUAAAUGAGUUAAAAAUCUAUGUUACUGAAAUGGGGAAGAAAAUUCCUGUGCCUGACCAAUGUGUCAUUGAAGAUACAUUUAAAAGCUGUGUGGCCAAGCUGUUCUUUAGCUGUCCUAUGAAGAGUCAUUACUGCCUUUACAGCAAAUCCAGUUUUGUCUUAAUCAGUCGACAUCCACAAAUUUGGAUCCACAUUAUGUUUCUCUUUCAGCAGAGUUUGCUGCCUGAGCCACUGUCCACUCAGACUACUUCUAUGCAAGUCCUGAAAACACUGUGGGAGAAAACACAAGUGAAAGGAGCACAACGUUUUGAAGAGUCCAUCACCCAGUCAAUGUUUCCACAUAAAAAGGAUCUGGACCUUGUGCUUAAGCAUCUAGAAGAAGUGAGGUUUUUUGAUCUUUUUGGAUAUAGCGAGGAAACUGGGUCAUGGCUAUGUUUUAUGUGCAACAAUCCAGAGAAAGCUACAGUCGUAAAUCAAGAAGGCCAGCCCCUCAUUGAAGGUAAACUUAAAGAGAAGCAGGUCCGGUGGAAAUUUAUCAAAAGAUGGAAAACUCGUUAUUUCACCCUGGCGGGAAACCAGCUUCUCUUUCGGAAAGGAAAAUGUAAAGAUGACCCUGACGAUUGUCCUAUUGAGCUCAGUAAAGUUCAAAGUGUCAAAGCUGUUCCUAAGAAGCGCAGGGAUAGGAGCCUUCCAAAGGCCUUUGAAAUCUUCACAGAAAAUAAAACCUACGUGUUCAAGGCAAAGGACGAAAGGAAUGCAGAAGAGUGGUUGCAGUGUAUCAACAUCGCUGUUGCACAGGCCAAGGAAAGAGAAAAUAGAGAGGCUACUACUUACUUAUAGUGAGAUAUAUACUUUCCAUGUUCAACUAAGAUUUUGAAGGCUCCAAGGUGAACAAGGACCAAAAAUACCAAAAAAUAAAUGUUAUUGGCUUGAUGUAUGAAAAGUGAGCUGAAAGUAAAUGUUAGCUUCCUUAGUUUUUUUCAAACUGGACCUUGGAAAUGACAGAUGCUGCUUGCUUGAAAUGGGAAACAUUAAUUUUGAACUUUAGUACACUUUCAUACACCGUGCAGGUUGUGUGUUUUACAUUUUGUCAUUUGUUAGUUUGUCAAUAGUUUAACAUUUAUAUCGUUUUGGAAUACAUGGCUUUAAUUCAUCAGUAACUUAAAAUUUGUGAUAUAGCACUUAUUGUUAUCAAGUACCAAAUCUAAACAACAAACUGAUAAAAUAAAUACUUGAUCUUUACACAAAUCAA